GCGGGCCGGUGGGCGGGGCGUGGCGCAGCCAUGCUGCUCUGGCUCUGGCUCUGGCUCUGCGUCUGCUGCUGGCCGGCCCGCGGAUUACGCAUCCAUGAGUAUUUGUACUUCCAAGUGCUGAGCCCUGGGGACAUCCGCUACAUCUUCACUGCCACCCCGGCCAAGGAUUUUGGUGGCGUGUUUAACACAAGGUACGACCAGAUCCACCUGGUGCCCGCGGAUCCUCCGGAGGCCUGUGGAGAGCUCAACAAUGGCGUCUUCAUCCAGGACCAGAUCGCCUUGGUGGAGAGGGGGGGCUGCUCGUUCCUGUCCAAGACACGAGUGAUCCAGGAGCACGGCGGGCGGGCCAUCAUCAUCGCCGACAACGCCUACGACAAUGACAGCUUCUACAUCGAGAUGAUCCAGGACAGCUCCCGGCGCACGGCCGACAUCCCCGCGCUCUUCCUGCUGGGCAGGGACGGGUACAUGAUCAGGCGCUCCCUGGAGCAGCACGGGCUCCCCUGGGCCGUCAUCUCCAUUCCUGUCAACGUCACCAGCAUUCCCACCUACGAGAUGAUGCAGCCCCCCUGGACCUUCUGGUAGCAGCAGAAGGCUGUGAUGGAUCAAGGACUUCCUGGUGCAUCCCAGGGUUUGCCCUAAGGACCAGGUCUGAGGAAAGGAUCCCAACAUGCUCCAGAGAUCCUGCUGGACUCGGCCACAGGGAGAUCUUUCUGCUGGCACCGGUGUGUGGCAAGGGCAAACACCAAUGCCAGGAGGAACCUUGAGCCUGGCACCGAGCUGGGACUGUGUGGGAGGGAGGUGAGGGCCCAGAGCACUUCCCUGGAAAUAUUUGACCUUGUGCUGCUGAUCUGGAGGGAUGCAGGACUGGCAGGGAUGGGGGGAGAGCGAUACAGGCUUGGUCUGUACCAGCAGGGCUCACCUGAUGUCUGUAUAUUUUUGUCUGAGCUAAUGAAGUCUGAGUAAGUUUUAGAGAAA